UUGAAGUCCAGAUGAAAGUUCAUACUGGAGAGAGCCCUUUCACCUGCCAACACUGUGGGAAGGGUUUCUCACUAAAAGGAAAUCUUAACAUUCACAUGAAAAUCCAUGCUGGAGAGAAGGCUUUCAUAUGCUCUCAGUGUGGAAAGAGAUUUACACAGAAAAAUACCCUUAAUUCCCACAUGAGAGUUCACACUGGAGAGAAGCCUUACACCUGCAAAAUGUGUGGGAAGAGCUUCACACGAAAAGAAAAUCUUAAAAUUCACAUGAGAGUUCACACCGGAGAGAAGCCUUACACCUGCAAACUGUGUGGGAAGAGCUUCUCACUAAACGGACAACUUAAGACUCACAUGAAGAUUCACACAGGAGAGAAACCGUUCACAUGCUCUCAGUGUGGAAAGAGUUUUAAAGAGAAAAGAGGUCUUAAUGUCCACAUGAGAAUUCACACUGGAGAGAAGCCGUUCAUCUGCUCUCAGUGUGGAAAGAGUUUUAAACAGAAAAGAGAUCUUAAUGUCCAGAUGAAAGUUCAUACUGGAGAGAGCCCUUUCACCUGCCAACACUGUGGGAAGGGUUUCUCACUAAAAGGAAAUCUUAACAUUCACAUGAAAAUCCAUGCUGGAGAGAAGGCUUUCAUAUGCUCUCAGUGUGGAAAGAGAUUUACACAGAAAAAUACCCUUAAUUCCCACAUGAGAGUUCACACUGGAGAGAAGCCUUACACCUGCAAAAUGUGUGGGAAUAGCUUCACGCGAAAAGAAAAUCUUGAAAUUCACAUGAGAGUUCACACUGGAGAGAAGCCUUACACCUGCAAAAUGUGUGGGAAGAGCUUCACACGAAAAGAAAAUCUUAAAAUUCACAUGAGAGUUCACACUGGAGAGAAGCCUUACACCUGCAAACUGUGUGGAAAGUGUUUUAAACAGAAAAAGUACCUCAAUGGCCACAUGAGAGUUCACACUGGAGAGAAGCCGUUUGUUUGUGAUCAGUGUGAAAAGAGUUUCAGGUGUAAAGCGCACCUUGAUCUUCACAUGAGGAGUCACUCCGGGGAGAACUGUUUUAUAUGUCAGCAGUGUGGAAAGAGUUUCUCACACAAAGGAAACUUUGAGAAUCACAUGAGAGUUCACACUGGAGAGAAGCCUUUCACCUGCCCUAAUUGUGGAAAGAGCUUCACAAUUAAAGGAAACCUUAAGAUUCACAUGAGAGUUCACACUGGAGAGAAACCUUACAAGUGUGUUCAGUGUGAAAAGAGUUUCCCAUAUCACACAGACCUAAAACGGCAUUUGCAAAUUCACACUGGAGAGAAGCCGUUUGUUUGUGAUCAGUGUGAAAAGAGUUUCAGGUGUAAAGCGCACCUUGAUCUUCACAUGAGGAGUCACUCCGGGGAGAACUGUUUUAUAUGUCAGCAGUGUGGAAAGAGUUUCUCACACAAAGGAAACUUUGAGAAUCACAUGAGAGUUCACACAGGAGAGAAGCCUUUCACCUGCCAAGAGUGUGGAAAGAGCUUCACGGUUAAAGGAAACCUUAAGAUUCACAUGAGAGUUCACACUGGAGAGAAACCUUACAAGUGUGUUCAGUGUGAAAAGAGUUUCCCAUAUCACACAGACCUAAAACGGCAUUUGCAAACUCACUCUGGAAAGAAAAUCCAAACCUUACCUUCCACCUGUCAACACUGUGGAAAGAGUUUCAGUAAAAAACGAAGCCUUACAAUCCACUUACGAAUCCACAAACACAAACCUUAUACCUGCAAACAGUGUAGGAAGAGUUUCAGACUAAAAGAGAGUCUUAAGACUCACUUGAGAAUUCACUUUGGUGAAAAGCUGUUCAUAUGCUUUCAGUGUGGAAAGAGUUUCAGUAAAAAAGAGAGUCUGAAUGGCCACAUGAGAAUUCACACUGGAGAAGGCCCUUUCACCUGCAAACUGUGUGGAAAACGUUUCAGUCAAAAGCAAAACUUUGAUGGCCACAUGAGAAUGCACUCUGGAGAGAAGCCGUUCAUAUGCCCUCACUGUGGAAAGAGUUUUACACUGAAAAAGAAACUUACAACCCACUUGAGAAUUCACACCAGAGACAAUCCUCACACCUGCAAAGUGUGUUGGAAGAGUUGCACAUCAAAUGCUUGUCUGAUGUCUCACAUGAUCGUUCACACUGGAGAGAAGCCUCACACCUGCAAACUGUGUGGGAAGGGAUUCACAGAAAAUAGCCAUCUGAUGAUUCACAUGAGAGUUCACACCGGAGAGAAGCCUUACACCUGCGAACUGUGUGGAAAGAGUUUCAAACGGAAAAUAAGCCUUAAGCAUCACAUGAGUAUUCACUCAAGAGAGAAAUGUUUUAGAUGUCAUGUGUGUGAAACAAGUUUUGCUGACAGGAAUCACCUUAAGAAUCAUGUACAAAAUCACAUUGGGGAGAGGCCUUGCAUGUGCCAUCACUGUGGAAAAAGUUUCACAAACAAAGCAUAUCUUCAGUCUCACAUAAGAUGUCACACAGGAGAGAAGCCUUUCACCUGCCCUCAGUGUGGAAAGAGCUUCACGGUUAAAGGAAACCUUAAGCUGCACAUGAGAGUUCACACUGGAGAGAGGCCUUACACCUGCCCUCAGUGUGAAAAGGGUUUUAAAAUGAAAGGGCACCUUAAUGUUCACAUGCGACUUCACACUGGAGAGAAGCCUUACAAGUGUCCUCAGUGUGACAUCAGUUUCACAUAUCACAUAAGCCUGAAACAGCAUUUGCAAACUCAUUCUGGAAAGAAUUCCUCGUUUCCCAUGUGACAAAAGGUUUAGAAAUAAUGCAUUCACUCUGGAGAAAGACAGUUCAAUUGUGAUUGGUGUAAUAAAAACAGCAGACUUACAAAUAUAUGAAAAGUCAUUUAAAUGUGACCCUGUUUGUGUUCUUUGUAAAAUAAAAUAAAAAGUAC